CCAGUAGAGUUCUUUACUUUCUUCUUCUUUCCUCAUUUCUCUUUUCUAUUCUUUCUUUCUUUUUCUUCUUCUUUUCUCCGGCGAUUCAGAGAUGAAAUCUCUGUCGAAGAACCUCACCGAAAAUUAGUAAAACCAAUUAAUUGAGUGCGGUAUUGAUGAGUUAAUAGUUUGGGUUUAGUUAGAAACUUCGAUUGAGUUGAAGAGAGGCGAUCUGUGAAGAAGUUAGGGUUCUGAUAGAUUGGUGAAGGAUUGAGUUGAGUUAAUAAUUGAAGAUCAGGAUGUGAAGAAUAAGGUUAUAGUUGUAUUUUGAAGAUUGUCUAUAAGAAGAAGAGUAGUUGAGGAAUCUGGGAUUAGGGUUCUGUUCUUGAGAAUUUUGGAUAAGGAGAAAUUAGAAGAUGAAAUUAAGGUGUUAAGGGAAAGACUGGAGAUUAGUUUGUCAUGAAUUAGGUUUAAGACUGAAGAAUUACUUGAGUUUGUUGGUUAGGGCUCGGGAACUAGUGAAUUGAGGUAUUUCUGAAGUUAAGGUUGAUAAAUUGGAUCUCAUGAAGAACUGGGGUUUGAUUUCCGUAUCAAGAAGGUGAUGGAAUUAUUAUUGGUGCUGAUUCAGUAGACCUAUCAUGAGGUAAUUGUCUUCUCUAAGUUGAUUCAGUAAAGUCUUUCAUUUCCAUUGGUUAUGUAUAUGUGAUUGUCAAUGGAAUUGUGUUUGCAAGGUGAGUAUGAAGCGAGUUUUGGUUGUGAUCUUAAUAUAUUGACUUCAUAAUUUUUCGUCGGCUACAAUCUCUUCGUCCUCUGUUUUUAAUGUCUCAUGUAAGUUCUCUGCUUCAGAAAUUUGCAGCUCCAGGUGGCCACUCCACCACGGAAGCACCACCACCUAAUUUGUGCGGAGGAAAUCUGGCGACAAGAUGAAACCAGCAGCAGCCGAAAAAAGAAACUACUACAGGGAAGCAUAGAGAAGAUUGUAGGAGUGAAAUAUCGCAGAUUCAUUAUGUAUGCGAAGUAAAGGUAAUGAAAUAUGAGCGAAGAUCAUCGCAUAUAGUAAAAUGGAGAUGACGUAUUUGUUGAUGUCAGCAUAAUCACGAGUAAAGUGUGAAGAUCUGUGCGAAGUGUAGAGUGUGCGAUCAUGAAUGAACGUACAUGAGCGAUUGCAACGCACAGUGAUUCCGAAAAUAAAGGAUCUAUCAGCUGUUAUCCACUAUGUAAGUAUCCUAUAUAAAGGGAAGGGCUGUCAUGUAAUGGGGAUCACUUAACGUGUGUUAGACAAGAAAUAUUUAACCAAAGUCCAAAUAUUUACGUUUUGAUAUGAAACUCGGAAAGCUAGUUUCCAACUUUUGGAAUAGUUUUUCCUUCCCAAUCGGGAAUCCGAGUCCCUUUCUUAAUCCACUCCAUUCCGAGCCCUAUAAAUAAACAUAGUAAAGAUUUAGAUUGAUGAAUCAAUUCAAAAGGAAAAAGAUGAAGCAAACACAGAAGAGCGGACGUGAUCAUCAAGGGAUGAAGUACGGAAUGAAUCUUAUUGGGAAAAAGAUGAAGCAAACACAGAAGAGCGGAUGCGAUCAGCAAGGGAGGAAGUACGUGAUGGAUCUUGAAUUUUUUGAAUUUUGCAAGAAGAAACUAGAACGUCCUAUAGAGCGGUUAUCAUCAAUGGAUCUUGAAUUUGGCAGAAACAAAGAUGAGAAACUAAUAACGCAUAGCCAGAAACCCGAAAAACUCUUUGACGGAAAAUACUUGUUGGUUUGUGAAAUUGGCAGAGGCGCAUUCGGGAUUGUCUACUACUGUAUAGAUAAAAACACUAAACGAGCUUUUGCCUGUAAAUAUAUUCCAAAAAAACCUAAACAUCCAAGUGCUGUUCAUGAGAUAUCAAUCAUGGCUAAUAUCCGUCAUCCAAAUGUUGUUACUCUAAAAGAGAGUCGUGUAGACGAGGAAUCAACACAGAUUGUAAUGGAGCUGUGCGAAGGAGGUGAUCUUUUGAAUCGAAUGGUCGAAAGAGGUCUUUCUACUCCAUGGGUGGUCAAAAAAAGUCUUUUUAGUGAACCAAUAGCUGCGCAUGUUUUGAAAUCCAUUAUGCAAGUGGUCAAGGAGUUUCACGAACACGGAAUUAUGCUUAGAGACUUAAAUCCGAGAAAUUUCGUAUUCGUUGAUAACAGAGACUCUUCUGCUCUUAAAGCCAUUGAUUUUGGACUUUCGAUUGGUUUUAAACCGGGCCAGAGAUUUUCAUAUAGACCUGCAUGUACUCAUUUUCUGGCCCCUGAGGUUUUGAUACAGAAUUACGGACCAGAAGCUGAUAUAUGGAGUGCAGGAGUGAUUAUGUAUAUCAUGUUAGGUGGGCGAUAUCCAUUUUUUGCAAAAGAUGAGAAGAGUCUUGAGGCCCAAAUUAAAUAUGGGUUCGUAGAUAGGAUAACGAAUCCAUGGCCAAGGGUUUCCGACAGCGCCAAGAAUCUUAUUAGAAAUAUGUUAGAGGUUGAUGCUAGUAAGCGUUUCACUGCUCAGCAAGUUCUUAAUCAUCCAUGGUUACUGGUGAAUGCGAAGAAAAAUCCAACUAGCUGAUUUAAGCUCUGUAGCCAUGAAGGAACAGUGAAGUUAAAAGAACGGAAUCAGAUGCGUAAUUUCAUAGAUUCGUAGUAUCGCUUUUAAUAUGGACUAGUUUAGUUUGUUUUUUUUCUAUUUUUUUUUUUGUUUGUAAAGAAUUUGGUGUUGAUGAAUUUUGAACCCGGUUCACUAGUAUCA